AUGAAGCGGGCUCGAAAAUAUUGGGAGUCGCAUGGGAUCCGUCCAGCGACGGAUUUCGCUUUGGAUAAUUGCGGCGCGCCGACGGGUAGCAUAACGAAGCGGACGAUCUUGUCGGAGAUCGCGAGUCUCUUUGAUCCUUUGGGAUUAUUAGGGCUACUGACGGUCGUGGCAAAAAUGAUCAUGCAAGAUACGUGGCAGUCUCACGUCGGGUGGGACGAGUCCUUGCCGCAAGAUUUACAUCAGCGAUGGCUAGACAUAAAACAACAAUUGAAGCGCCUUCACGAAUUGCGUGUGCCGCGUUUUGUCGGAUUUUGGGCAGACGCGCGCGAAUCACAUGUACACGGCUUUUCCGCUCUGCGAGUCGCGGUGAGGUGCGUACAGAGACAUGCCUUUCCAGGGGAACAUAAACAGUUGACCGAGGGUCGUAGCGUUGACGGCGGAAGUCGGAUUCUGUCAUUGACUCCGUUUAUGGAUGAACACGAGAUCAAUAGAGUGGGGGGCCGAAUAAACAAUGCAACAUUGCCAUAUGACGCGCGACAUCCCGUGCUAUUGCCAAAGAGUCACCGAUUGACAAUCUUAAUCAUACAACGAGAGCAUGUAAAAAAUUUGCAUUCAGGCCUACAGGCCACAAUGCAUGCGGUGCGUCGACGAUUUUGGCCUCUAGCGGCGCGUUCGGCUGUCCGAAAAACAAUUCACAAUUGCGUAACCUGCUUCAGGUGUAAGCCGGCUGUAUCGCAAGCAUUAAUGGCAGAUUUGCCCGCGCAACGCGUGACGGCUUCGAGACCGUUCACCCAUAGCGGUGUAGAUUAUGCCGGACCCAUACUCUUAAAAAAGGGCAAGAGACGCAAUGCCAAAUUACACAAGGCGUAUAUGUCGGUGUUCGUUUGUUUCUCGACCAGGGCCGUACACCUCGAGAUUGUAACCGAUUUAACAUCGGAAGCGUUCCUUGGCGCCUUUAAACGCUUUAUAUCGCGUAGAGGCAGGCCGGCGUGUGUAUAUUCAGAUAACGGCACUACGUUUGUCGGCACGCGUAAACAAAUAAAGGAGCUGUAUGACUUGAUCAACGACGACGACACGCAGCUUGCGAUACAGCGUUUUAUGCGAGAUAAUGAAAUCAAUUGGCAUUUUAUACCGCCCCACGCUCCGCAUGUCGGGGGCCUGUGGGAGGCGGCCGUGAAGUCGGUGAAAUUUCAUAUUAAUCGAAUAGUAGGUAAUGCGAAUCUCACAUAUAAAGAGAUGCAAACCGUGUUAUGCGAGAUAGAAGCGGUUUUAAAUUUGCGACCGUUGACCCCGUUAAGCGAAGAUCCAAACGAUCUGCAUUGUAUUACGCCGGGACAUUUCUUGAUUGGUGCAGCGCUAAACAGUUUCCGAGUUGCAGAUCUUACGAAGGAGAAUCCGGGCCGACUGCUGCGAUGGCAACGCGUAGAGUAG